CGCAAAGUGAUUGCUUAGUUUGGGUACAUCCGCAAAUAGUGUUCCCGUUACAUAAUUUUUCAUCGGACUGAAAAAAUUAUUUUAAUUUUUUUACGAUGGGAAACGGCAUAACAUUAGCAUUAAAACCGGAAGUGACACCUAGUCCUAAUCAAGAGUCCCAGUUUGAUCCUCUUUAUGGAUUUCCAAAUGGCAGAAAAGAAAGGGUUAUGAUAGCAACAGAGGAAGAAAUGAUUUCAGCAAAACUUCCACUUGAGAAUCGAGACUAUUGUGCACAUCUUGCAAUUAAAUUUCAACAAUGUCGUAAAGAAGUUUGGCCAUGGGCUUGGAAGUGCGCUCCUGAAAAACAUGAAUAUUUAUCAUGUCAAUAUGAGGACUGGAUUUUAAGGAUGAAAGAAUAUGAGCGUGAAAGAAGAUUAAUGGAGCGUAAAGAAAGAAUCAGAAAGAGGAAGGAAAAGCAAGGAGAAUAAAUACUCCUUAAAUUUUCUUAGUUGCUAGAUGCUCUGAAAAUAAACUGAAAUUGUUUUCAGAAACAUCUCAAAAUCAUAAUAAAAUAUAAAAAUUAUUGUC